GGCUAACAACCAACUUCUUAAUAUAUAACACGGCGCUUGCUUGCCUGUUCCUGCUGACAACAACUUCAGAAUGCAAAGCGGGCCGGCGGAGAGCAAUGACUGAGGAGUUUGAUGAAGAUGUGGUAUUUGAGAACUCUCCUCUUUUCCAGUACCUGCAUGAUUUAGGGCACACAGACUUCGAGGCAUGUCCGACGGCAUCACAAGAGGAUGAAUAUGGCGGACAGGAGGGAGACCUCGACUCUCCGGAUGAAGGUCCACAGAAAACUUCAGGAGGACGCUUAUGGAGACUGGCUGAAGCCUUGUGGAGAUGGAGCCCGAUUCACCAGGCUGCUGCAUCUCGUAAGCUGGAGCAGCAACUGGACUGCGUGUUCGGUCAGUACUCGGUGAGAUGCAUUCUGGACCAGGACGUGCUGCUGCAGGAGGAUGUGGAGCUGAUCGAGCUGUUAGACCCCAGCCUGCUCACACUGGGCUCGUCGCCCUCUGGCUCACCCAGCAGAGCCAGCAACCUGCCCAGACCGAGCCUCAUCGCCAGACCCUCCCUAUGGGACAUGGCGGGGCUGGUCGGCAUGGCUGCAGUGCUGCUGGGUCUGUGCUCCGUUUCCGAGGGCCUGUGGUCGCUGGCCGCCGCCCCGUGGGGCCUCGCCCUGCUGGGCUGGGUGGGGCUGAGAGGGGCCACACUGUGGAAACAGGGCCGCAUGCAGAGAGGCGUCCACGCCAGAGCCACGCAGCUCCAGACUCUGGUCCACAACAGCAAGACUCUGACGGGCUUGUCUCGUAAAGCCCUGCGCCUGGUGCAGGAGACCGAGGUCAUCUCCAGAGGGUUCACCCUUUUGCUCGACAGGGUGAGUGCGGCCAGCUCCUUUAGCAGGGCGGGGCCAGGGGCGGUGCCACGCGGUCAGCAGCUGAUCGGACUGAGAAAGGCCCUUUACCGGGCGCUCCGCUCUGCCUUUAGAGCCUCGCGGAGAGCCACCUGUCACAUGCUCAAGGCGUUCCCUCUGAACUCCGAGAUCGACAACGUCACCAACUACGUGUCUGCGGUGCCUCUGAAGGAGCUGGGGCUCGGACUGGGAAUCGAGCACCUGGGUGACGAGCAGGCGCAGGAGCUCACAGACGACUACAGCCUGCCCGCCCUAAAGAUGCUGUUCCAGCUGUGGGUGGGACAAAGCUCUGAAUGUUUCCGUCGACUGGCCCUCCUCCUGUCACCGCAGCGAAUAGAGGAGCCAGAAGAAGGAGUCCCAAAAGGAGAAACCUCCCCUCUUCCUCCUCGUCCUUCUACGCCCGCGUUGCACCGCUCCAUCGCCGCGGUGACCGAGCCCCUCCAUCACGCUCUAGCCAGCUGUCUCUGCGAAGUGCAGCGCAGCUACGACUUCCACCGCCAUUUCGAGACCCAGCCGAGAUCGACGGGCUACGACAGGACCGGGCGAGCCAGGGAGAAAUGCCGAGAGCUCAACACCCUUCACACCUCCAUCCGAAGUCUGCAGCUGCACCUCAAGGCUGUGCUCAGCGAGAUGAUCAUUCUUGAGGACGACCUGGAGAAGCUGAUGGUGUCCAAAGAAGUGGCGGAGUUCACGCUGGAGGGCUACAAAGACCUCAGCGACCGGCUGCACCAGCUGCAGCCGCACAUGCAGGCGAGCUCCGGCUGCUGGGAGGACACCAUCACACAGGUGGAGCGCAUGCUGAGACGGGCCAACGCCUGUCCAGGUAAUGUGGAAGGUGUGGAGCAGUGUGGUCCUCUUCUACCCGAGAUUCCUGAUCCUCCUCCUUCGUACCCCUUGAUCCUAGACAGGGAUCCAGUACCGGAGGAGCUGGAGUGGGAGGCCUAUGUGUCCGACUCGGACUCAGAUGGAGAAGGCCGGGGUUCCUGGUGUGACAUGUUGACACCGGAGGAACGGGAACGCCAGCGCCGGGAGAGGGAGGAGUCUCGCCGCGUCCUGUCAGAGCUCAAAGCUGUUCUGGGCUUCCGUGCGUCCGAGGGCGAGAGGAUGAAGAGGAAGCAGCUGCUCUUCAACGACCAAGCUGCUGUGACGCCUUCAGCUCACACUGACGGCUCAGAUCCCGCCGUGGAGCCGUCCGACACUCCCGCCUCCGAGGGCUCAGCAGAAGAAGGUGGCGACGAAGAAGGAAACCACCUAUCUGAGCGCGCGGCAGGAAACGAAGCCGAGGAAGAGGAAGGAAAAGACGAGAGGGUGGGGGCCGACCCCUCCGCUGAGCCGGCGAUGGAGUUCAGCUGCGGUCGGGAGUCGGAGGGGUUCGUCGGAGGGGAGCUGGGAGGAGGUUUGGUGUGCGCUAGAGGAGGAGGAGGAGCGUCGGAGCUGCACCAAUACGACGGCGUCCUGGAGGAAGGGGAGGCGCAGAACGGUCUGGACUGCUUCCUGAAGCCCAAAGUCACCGCCGUCUCCGUGAUGGACAGACUGACGGAGAUGCACGGCUCGCAGGCUCUCAGCUUCAGCUCCGCCCUCGCCGCUCAGGUGGCGGCACGCUCGCACUCGCUCGUCCACAUGGAGGAGCAGACGUUCGGAGACGAGGAUGAAGAAGAAGAAGGAGAAGACGAAGAAGAAGAGGAGGAGGAAAGCAUCAGACGCAAACCUCAGAAAGACUGAAAUCAAACAACCCCCCCGCCCCCAUUUGCUGCUGUAGCCGAGCACUGAGCAGAGACUGUAUCUACGUCUGAAUGUCUGGGUGUCUUUUAAUCGAUCGGUCCGUGUCACAUCUUAAAACCCGUUCAUGGUGUUCAGAUAUUAAAAAAAAAAAAAAAAAAGAUUACACCACUCUCUCCGUUACCGAUCCGUCCACGUUACAAUUUACCCAACGAUUCUUUACUUACUGUACUCUUUUUAUUUUGCUGUUUAAAAAAAAACAAAAAAACUCAGGUACCAGAACCACUACUACAAAAACCAUAAAGACCUUUUAUGGUGUUUUUAAUAAGGUCAAUAAAACCCAGAAUGUCUCUAUACAGUAGUCAGUUUACUCGGUGACAUCUUAUUAUCAUCGUGUAUAUUUCACACACUCAUCGUUCAGUAGACGUGAAAAACAAAUGUUAGAAACACACAUGAUCGGCUUCAUACAUUAAAACCUGUAACAUAUAGAGAGAGGAGGGGGGGUUAAAUAGAGAACGGUUUUAAUUACAAUUAAAGUUAUUAGAGAAGGUUGUAAUCAGCUGAUCUUUAUAUAAAAUCUUCAAGGCAGACAAGAAGGAGGUAGAGGGGGGCGAGAGGAGGAGGAGGAGGAAGUGGGAAAGCUAUUUUUACUAUCAGCGCUUUUAUUUUCUAAAUUCGUCCAGCUACCCCCCACCCCACCCCCCUUCUUCUUCUUCCCCAAAUCCGACACAAUAGGGUCACACGUAGCCGACCGUACGUCCACACUCCAGUUUCGAGUGACGCUAUUGUACAUUUAAAAAAAAAACCCCAACAACAAUUGUAGUAGCGUCUCUGUUUACACUCAGUGGAGAAGAAGAAGAAAAAAAAAGAAGAAGCCUCAAAUUAUGACUUUGACACUUUAUGGACUGAAUACUGAGAAUUUAAGCUGCUGUGAGAUGAUGGGGGUGGGUUUUUAAAAAGAAGAAAAAGAAGAAUUUUCUCUCAUGUGAGGGCAAUCUAUACCUUUUUUUUCCCCUUUUAAUAUAAAGUUGCCAUAAGAGUCUGAAGAGUCCUGAUGUACACCCCUCCCUCCUUCCCUCCCUCCCUCUCUCUCCAGUCUUUCUUGUCACCAUGUCUGCCUUCUCCUGACCCCUCUCCCUCUCUCCUUCCCUCCAUCGGGGGUGAGGUCUGCCCCCCCCCCCUCUCCCCCUCCUCCUGUAUUUUUUUUCCAGUGUGAAAAUAAU